AAAAAAUAUACAUACCUAAACACAUAAUAAUACGAAAUUUUCAUAAAUAAUAUUUUCACAUCUCAAAAAUUUCGUUUAAAUUAUAUAAAGGCAUUUAAACACUACUAAGGCUACUUUCAGCUAUUUUAAUAAUUUUUCUAAUGAAUUCAUCUCAUUAAUUAUUUGAACAGCAAGUAUUAAAAAUGGAUAUAACUCCAAAAAUGAUAAUUCCAACGAUUAAAACAAUGAUAACAGGACCUAAUUUUUAUAAUGAAAUUUUAAAAUUGAUAAUAUGAUUUUCAUAUUAAUCUUUCUUAUAUUUAUUAAAAUUAACUUUUUUUUAGUUAUUUUAUUAAAUUAUUUAAUCAUCCUUUUUUUCUUCCUUUUUUUCUUCUUUUUUUUCUUCUUAUUUUUCUUCUUAUUUUUCUUCAUUAUUCUAAGUUUUUAGACUUUUGUCUUCCUAAAUUUCAUCUUCGAAUCCUUCUUCAUAUUCCUAAUCUAAAAUUUCAUAAGGAAUAGAUUCUUUUUCGUAAAUUAAAUCUCCUUUAGAUUAACAUUCAUUAUUUAUAAAUUCUAAUAUGUAUUAAGGUUCCCUUUUUCCAUCAAAAGUGCAUUGUUUAUAAUCUUUUUUAGUAAAUAAUACAAUUGUAGGAUAUCUAUUAACUUUUAAAAGUUCUCUACAUAACAUAUCGUUUUCUACACAGUUUAUUGCAAUUAAUUUUGUUUUUUUUCUAUCAACUUAUUCUGCCAUUUUCUCCCAUACUGGUUAGAAUUUUUAGCAUAUUGGGCACCAUUCUGAAUAAAAUUAAAUGCAAAUGUUCUUUGGAAUUUUUCCUGUUCCUAAACCUGUUUUUCUUGCUAAAUCUUAUUGAUUUAAAUCUAAAGUGGUUAAACUAUUCUUAUAAUUAUGAGAGAUUACUUUUUAUAAUAAUUGUAUUAAU